AUGGAUGUGUCCACCUUUGUCCAGACGGGUAUCCACUCUGGGUUGCUGACGGGUUGGCUUGUUGGACCUGUCUACGGUGCCAACUUCGCAAUGGCAGUGGUCAUAGUUCGGAAACUUUGGCCACAUCGCAGACAUGCAAUAUCUCGGUCGCUGAUGCUGAUCGCAACCCUCAUUAUUAUCACAUGCACAGUUCAUGCAUUCAUUUCCCUUGACGAUUUGAUCGUGGGAUUCACUUUGACCCAAGGAGUCGAUACCGAGGGCCCCGCAGUUAUUGCCAACUACUUCCUUUCAGUCCGUUUCAAUAAUACAGCAUGUAUAUCUAUCUAUGUCAUCAACAGUUCAUGCAACAAUCUUUUCGUCGUGUGGCGGGUAUACAUGACGUGGGGUCGCAAUUUAAAGCUGUCCGUGUUACUUAUCUUUCUCCACCUUGUUGCUCUCGCCCUCGGAAUAGCAUGUGUUGUCCAUAUUGAACGAACAGGAUCCCUCUUAGACAAGACAAUCACCGCCUUACUCACUUCAGGUUGGGCAUUCUCCAUGCUCAUGCAAGUUUCCGGAGCGCUUCUCAUCGGUUGGCGUACCAUUGGGACGCCCCAAUCUGCUAUCAAUCGACAAAGUAGCGGCUUCUAUCUGGCCAUCUGGCAUGCUCUGAUAGAGUCUGGUAGCUUAGCUCUGGUGACAGAGCUGGUCGGGCUGGUGUUUCUCUACCGCAAUCUCGGAGAUGGGAUCAUAGUCAUCAUUACACUUGGCCAGAUUACGGCAUUAUCUUCGUUGGCCAUCAUCUUGCGGGAAAUCUACAAGGCAGAGGUGCAAAGUUCGAUGGGAUUUGUCAACAUCACGAGUCCUAUUGCUAUGCAGAUGUCCUCCUUAUCCAUGUCUCGCAAUCAGGGCAGGAGCCCCCUUAGCGCAGCUGAGCACGGGGCGGUCCCGGAUAACGCAGUGGUGGUAAACAUUGAGACGGUAGGACACGGAGCUGAAGAAGAUCUCUCAAAGAUUGCCAAGACCUUGUAUCGGUAG